UUCAAAAUUUUUUUUUUAUUUUAGUUUCUAUAUACUAAUUAAUUAAUAUUUUUGGAAAGGCGCUGGUUAUUCUUAAACACAGUUCUGAAUCAAAAUCUUUUUAUUUUAUAUUUAUUUUUUUUUUCUUUAUACCGCUUUCUAUUGAUUUUUUUCCGAACUUGAAAAAAUUCAAAUGUUCUGGAUAUGGAUAGUGAUAUAGGGAGAUUUAUUUUGUCUAUUCCUCCUGUUACUUUAUUUCUUUUAUCUAGUACACUAUUUAUUUCUAUUGCACCUCUUUUAGGGAUUGCCAGAGCAUCUCAAUUGGUUAAUAUAUGGCCAUAUACAUUGAAAGGACAAUUAUGGAGAUUGUUUACUGGUUUUUUUUAUGUUGGAGGCGGCUUAAAUUUGGUUAUUUCACUUUUUUCCCUUUAUCGGUUUAGCUAUGGAAUUGAAACAGCGUAUUUUAUAGGGAAUAUACCAGAAUAUUCUUUUUUUUUAGUAUUCAAUGCUGGUAUAAUUCUGUUUUUAAGUUAUUUUAUUUCUUCUAUAUCAUAUUUUACCGCGCUAAAUUUGUCCAUUUGUUAUUUUUGGAGUCAAAGGAAUUUGAAUACGAUUACUAAUUUAUGGUUUUUUCGAAUAAAAGGACGAUAUUUACCUUUUUCUAUGCUUUUACUAUCAUUUUUUAUGGGUGGGCUUUUUUCUGUUAUGCAAGAUGCAUGUGGUUUAUUAAGUGCACAUCUUUAUGAAUUUCUAACCAAUAUAUUGCCUUCUAGUGGAGGACCUCGUUUGACAGUACCAAGAUGGUUUAUAAAUCUUUUUCCAUUAGAAACUCCACGCAUUAUAAGAAGGCCUUUUGGUGUUUUAUUUAAUAAUCAGCGAAAUGUUCAAAAUUUACCGCCUAUGAAAUCCGCUUUUAAAGGAAAAGGACACAAGCUAUACUGAUUUGAAAAAUAAUUAAUAUAUUUUU